AUUAACACCUGCAGAAAAAUAAAAAUCAGAAUUAAUCAGCUGAUACGUCGAUUUGGUUUGGGCCAUUCAUCAGAACCGGAAUUGAUCUUUGGCUUAGAUAGAUAGAAAAGGUUCAGAGGCAGGAAAAAGUUGAAGCUUUCUGGCUUUUUCUAUCUUUGUUCUUGAAAAAUUUCGAAUUUUUUCUAUUCAGUAACGUUGUACACAAAUUCUGGGCGAAAUCGAGUGCAAAAUCUUUGCCGACGAGGUUUCGAAAUCUGCCGGUGUGAGGAUCAGGAUGUUUAGACAAUAAAAAGAAGUGGGUUUCCUAGUCUUGCCAGGGUGUUUCAACUAUGAAUCAAGCAAUGGGAUUACUAGCUCCAUCUUCAUUUACAUCCUCCAUAACUCUUCCAAGGAUCUGCCCCAGAAGAAGCUUGAACUUAAAAGCUUCAAAGGCCUUCCAUGUACUCACAUCCUCCAAUUUUCGCACAAGACAUUCUCCUAUUUGCUGCUCCAAAUUGACCCUUUGGGAGACUUCUUCUCCUACACAUGCUCCAACUGAAAGUACAGGAGAUAACUUGCUGAAGAAAACCGCCAACAUUAUCGAAACUCUUAGCUCUGAAAACAGUGAAGAAACACUUGAAACUAGCAAUGAGAAGUUUAUGAUCACGAGUAAUCAGCGAACCGCGGGGCUUCAGUUCCUCAAAUGGCCGAUGUGGCUUCUAGGCCCUUCGGUUCUCCUCAUCACAGGCAUGGUGCCAACCUUGUGGCUGCCAAUAUCUUCCAUAUUCCUUGGCCCCAACAUAGCCAGCCUACUAUCCUUGAUUGGACUCGACUGUAUAUUCAAUAUCGGUGCAACCCUUUUCCUUCUCAUGGCUGAUUCAUGCGCUCGUCCGAAGCUCUCAACGCAAUCUAGCUACAGCAAGCCUCCAUUCAGUUACAAGUUCUGGAACAUUCUUGCCACUUUAACUGGUUUUGCCAUCCCUUUGAUGAUGUUGUUCGGCUCACAUAAGGGCUUCCUCCAACCCCAGCAAACUUUCAUCACUUCUGCAGUCUUAUUGGCUCCCUAUGUUUUGCUGCUUUCGAUUCAGAUGCUGACCGAGAUUUUGACGUGGCAUUGGCAGUCCCCGGUUUGGCUUGUGACCCCUGUUGUAUACGAGGCUUACCGCUUGUUGCAGCUCAUGAGGGGCUUGAAGCUUGGAGCUGAGCUCAGUGCACCUGCGUGGAUGAUGCAUACAAUUAGAGGUCUUGUCUCCUGGUGGGUUCUGAUUCUUGGCAUGCAGUUGAUGAGGGUCGCUUGGUUUGCAGGCUUUGCUGCUCGAGCAGCUCGUCAACAGCAGGCUGCUUCUUCUUCUGCUGAGGAUCAGUAAUAUUUGCUUCUUCUUUUUAAAAUUUUUCUUUACACUACUUGAUAUGGUUCUUGGUUUGGAUGUUUCUCUUUGUUUAUACCUGUACAACGGUGUAACAUGCGUGAAGAAAAUAGGUGGUUUGAUCACCCAAAUCGUCACCUUGUUCACAUGAAAUUAUUUAAUACACCUCCCAACAGUACACCAAAAAGGAUUUCGAAUUUUUAACACAUGAAACAUUUUAUGCAUUACUUGUGAAGUUCUGAACUCUUACUCUUGUUGGGACUAAUUGGUAAUGAGUGGCCAAAAGGUAUUUGUUAAUAAAAGGAAUGUCAUGACAUUGUAGGGACAUAUCGGUUUGACCAAGUAAAU